AUGGCCGAGGCACCCCAGGACGUGAACGACUUUAUUCUCUUCAACGAGGCAUAUCAGAUCUUUUUCACGGCCGGCGGCAAACGGAAAUACUUUGAAGUUCGUGCGCCCGAAGGGACUGCCGCCGCUACGUAUACCCAUGGUGCUUCUAGCGUCCGCACUGCUCGUGAGGCCGUGGAUCGGACCGCUAGACCAGCCCUAAGCCAAGUACCCCCCACCCGGACGUCAUUAUCGUCGCCAUAUGCCGAGGAGAAACUGAAAGCGCUGCUAGCCGACGCCUAG